AGCAUAUUAAAGCACGACAAUUCCACAUCCUUAAAAAAGGAGAGAAAGAGAGAGAGAGAGAGAGAGACAGAGAGAUGGUUUAACCAUGCAAACAAAAACCACUGUCAUAGCAAACACACUCGCACAAACCUUGGGGCCACCAUUGACCCAUUCCAAUUAUUUUUAUGCUCAAAAAUUUCCACGUUCAGACCCCAAUCUGCUUGGAAACUUGGGACCAGAGACAAAAAAAAUCAUUAACCAUAUGUAUUCAACGGAGACAAAUAUCAUUGAAUGAGCUGCCUUUGAAAUCUUGACUUCGGCGUAGAAUCUUAAAGAAUCUCCCAACUACCCUCCAAAUACUUCUCUACAUUCACUACCAUCUCUCCACCCACCGCACCCAAAAAUCUCCACCGUCCGAUCAUUACAAUAUAAGAAAUUCAAACUUGAUCGUAACCAACCAACAUGACAUUGGACUUGUUUCUGUAAAACACCAAGGGUUGUGCCUCAACUCUGGCGGAGGAACAUAAACCAAGUUAGAGAGUUUUGAAACCAAAAAUGGCAGAUCCAUCAUUGGUGGUUCCGAUUGCAUACCGAAACAGCUCCACCGCCGUGCCUGACUGGCUAAACAAGGGAGACAACGCAUGGCAAUUGGUCUCCGCGGCACUGGUCGGCAUGCAAGGCAUGCCGGGCCUAGUGAUCCUCUACGCGGGCCUUGUAAAGAAGAAAUGGGCACUUAACUCAGCCUUCAUGGCGCUCUACGGCUUCGCAGCGGUCAUGCCUUGUUGGGUUUUGUGGGCUUACAAGAUGUCCUUUGGCCACCGCCUCCUACCCUUCUGGGGAAAGGCUGGCCUCGCCGUCUCCCAAGACUAUUUGAUCCCGCAAGCCCUUCUUCCUUCAACACUUUACAAAGGCGGUGUAACUGCGGCAAUUCAACCAUGGUAUCCCAUGGCAACUAUGGUGUUCUUUCAAUAUGCUUUCGCUGCUGUGACUGUCAUACUCCUCGCAGGUUCUCUGUUGGGUCGGAUGAGUAUCAAAGCUUGGAUGCUUUUCGUUCCUCUGUGGAUCACAUUUUCCUACAGUGUUGGAGCUUUCAGCGUAUGGGGCGGAGGCUUCCUCUUCCAGUGGGGCGUCAUGGAUUACUCAGGCGGCUAUGUCGUUCAUCUAGCCUCUGGCGCCGCGGGAUUCACAGCUGCAUAUUGGGUGGGACCGAGAUUACAGGAAGACCGGGACGAGUUUCCGCCAAAUAAUCUCUUGCUCGCACUGGCCGGAGCUGGUAUUCUGUGGAUGGGAUGGACGGGUUUCAAUGGAGGCGAUCCUUUCGCUGCUAACGUGGAUGCCUCCCUCGCAGUUCUGAAUACCCAUAUAUGUGCAGCAACCAGUCUCCUUGUAUGGACUUGCUGGGAUGUUCUGUUCUUCAAGAAGCCAUCAGUGAUUGGAGCAAUCCAGGGAAUGAUUACUGGGUUGGUAUGUAUCACUCCCGGCGCAGGUCUGGUACAAGGAUGGGCUGCACUGGUAAUGGGGAUAGCUUCAGGAACUAUUCCAUGGUACACCAUGAUGAGUCUGAGCAGAAAGCUCCCAUUACUACAAAAAAUCGACGACACACUCGGUGUCUUUCACACUCACGCUGUUGCCGGGACCUUAGGCGGGGCUCUGACAGGGCUCUUUGCUCAUCCAGACCUCUGUAGCCUGUUUCUGGCAGUACCUGAUUCGGAAGGAGCGUUCUAUGGCAAAAAAGGUGGAGUCCAAUUCCUGAAGCAGUUAGCGGGUGCAUGUUUUAUAAUAGGAUGGAACGUAGUCGCAACAUCCAUCAUUUUGCUGGUGAUUAGGUUAGUGAUACCUCUUCGGAUGUCUAAGGAAGAGCUCAAGAUUGGGGAUGAUGCGGCUCACGGAGAAGAAGCCUAUGCUCUUGCUGGACAAGGGCAGAGAGAAACAUAUUCACACAAUGGAAGAGUGGAAGAUGGUGUUGAGCUCCAGCAAGUUUGAUAUGGGUUUCAUUUCACAUAAAAGAAACAGAGAACAAUAGGAAAAGUUCAGCAAUGCCAGCACAGAUUUAUAAUGUAAAAAGUACCAAUUGUUGUUUAAAUUGUAUUUGUCUUACAGUCA